ACAUUGCGCCGCCGACUGUUCCGUCUCUCUUCCGUCAUCCAUGGCCGCUGCGGUAGCUUCCACCUCUGCUCUCCCCUUUCUCUCCUCAAAUUCCAACUCCUCAGCCACCCUCAAAAGCACCAUUCCCCGCCCUCCCCCCUCUUUCCUCUCCGCCGGAUUCGUCCUCUCGCUUGCUCCGCGGCCUCCACCUUCAUCGUGGAGGACAACAGCCGACGCGGGCGCCAUGCCGACGAGAGCAUCCGCGAAGAAGCUUCCCGUCGCGACCACGCCUCACCAGCCAACUCCCAAGGCUUCUCCGCCUGGUACGUUCCUUUCGGCCCCUCUUCCGACUCCGACGAGCGCUACUCUCUCGACGAUGUUGUCUACAGGAGCAGCUCCGGUGGCCUCCUUGAUGUCCGCCAUGAUUUUUCAGCCCUCGCCAAGUUUCCCGGCUCCUACUGGCGUGAUCUCUUCGACUCCCGCGUCGGUCGCACCACUUGGCCCUACGGCUCCGGCGUCUGGUCCAAGAAAGAGUUCGUCCUCCCCGAGAUAGACGCCGAUCAUAUCGUUUCUCUCUUCGAAGGAAACUCCAAUCUCUUCUGGGCUGAGCGGCUCGGUCGUGAACACCUAGGCGGGAUGCCCGAUCUCUGGGUCAAGCAUUGCGGCAUCUCGCACACCGGAUCUUUUAAGGAUCUAGGUAUGUCUUCUUGUGUUCUUGUAUCCCAUGUUAAUCGGCUUCGGAGCAAAACCCUUUCCCGCCUCAUUGGGGGCGUUGGUUGCACUUCCACAGGUUAUAGGUCUGCUGCUCUUUCAGCCAAUUGCACUGCAACAAACAUUUCUGCUAUUGCCUUCCUGCCUACCGAUCGUAUUUCAUUGGCACAGCUCGUUCAACCCAUCUGGAUAAAUGCCAAUGGCGCCACCGUUCUGUCCAUUGAUACAGACUUUGAUGGGUGCAUGAGGCUAAUUCGUGAGGUGACGGCUGAGCUUCCAAUUUAUCUCGCGAAUUCCCUGAAUUCGCUUAGGCUCGAAGGCCAGAAGACAGCAGCAAUUGAAAUUCUGCAACAGUUUGAUUGGGAGGUUCCAGAUUGGGUAAUUGUACCUGGAGGAAAUCUUGGGAAUAUCUAUUUUUCUAUAACUUUCUAUAAGGGAUUCAGCAUGUGCAAAGAGCUUGGCCUUGUUGACAGAAUGCCUCGCCUCGUAUGUGCCCAGGCUGCAAAUGCCAACCCUUUGUAUCUUCAUUUCAAAUCAGGAUGGAGCGAUUUCAAGCCGGUCACUGCUUCUGAAACAUUUGCAUCUGCUAUCCAGAUUGGGGACCCUGUAUCCAUAGACCGUGCUGUUUAUGCUAUCCAGAAGACAGAUGGAAUUGUUGAGGAGGCCACUGAGGAGGAGCUAAUGGAUGCCAUGUCACUUGCUGAUCGAACUGGCAUGUUUGCUUGUCCGCACACUGGUGUUGCCCUUGCUGCCCUAUUUAAAUUGAGGGAGAAGGGAGUGAUUGGAACAAAUGAUAGGACUGUUGUUGUUAGUACUGCCCAUGGCCUCAAGUUCACACAAGCGAAGGUGGAUUACCACUCUGAGAAGAUCUCAGAUAUGGUUUGCAGGUUUGCAAAUCCACCUGUGAAAGUGAAGGCAGAUUUUGGGUCGGUGAUGGAUGUUUUGAGGAAGAAGCUAGUCUUCAAGAAGUAGCUUGGGGGAACCCUGUAGGACUUCUGAUAUUUGAGGUAAAAUGUUCUUGUAUUUGAAGGCUUGUUCCACUAUUUGGAGCCACUCGAUGAAAUCGUUCAGAUCAUGCGAUCAUCAAAAUCUGGUAAAUCUACUUUUACUCCAAAAUCACCAUCUCUCCUAUAUUAACGUCAAAUCAACACGGCAUGGGCUCUUCGUCACUUGCAGCUUCUCAAUGGAAAAAGUUUUCUUCUUUUCCUUUUAUCUGUCGGUCACCAUUAUUUUCAUGGGUGACUUUCCCAUGCCGCCUUCUUUCAAAGUCAGCAAGCCUUGGUUGCAAUUAAAGGAUUUCCUGUUGCAUGUCUUCCCUAGUAAUUUCCUAAACGCCUCAUUAAAAGUUUCUCCUUGGCGGCAUAACGGCUCGAUCUUCCAAUCGAGAUUCUGACUAUCUGAUACCAAAUGACACCUUUCUUGGCCUCUUAGAAGGUGUGAUAGAUCACAAAAGAUGUUAAGAAAGUUUUAGGAUCUGAUUACAUGAGUGGGAGGAUGAAAAUAAACAUGAGCAGCAACAGGACAGCAAACCGUAUGCUGAAAAAAAAGGCAGUUUCUCGCUAUAAACAGCAAGUGACAAGGUGCGGACAGCGAUGUUGUUCCCCCAUCUGUUCCUAAACAAGCUACAAAUACACCCUUUACAAAAGGAAGACGCUACUACACUGGAAAGUAUAAAUCAGAUAAAUAUCACCCAAUAUACAUAAAAACUAGCUAAGAAUCCAAAAACCUGAAUACAACCUAUAUAAAAGUCUCCUAAUAGAAAAGAACCUAAUUAGAAACUAAAGAAAUGGAUAAGAACUAGAAAAAAAAAGAAGCAAAUGAAGAAAACUUGAUGAAAAAUAAGGGAAAUAAAAUAAA